UAUUCCAAUUUUUUAAUACUAUCUAGAAAACUUUUCAUUGUCUUUAUGUGUAUUUGUGUACACAUGACUUAUCAAAGUACCAGCUGAGUCAUGUCAACGAUGUUCUCUACUGUUGUAUGCAGAAUAACUUUUGAUCGAGACUGUAGAUGUUGUCAAAGCUACCAGGAAUGGGAGGAAGUUUUCUACAACAUAAUGAGAUAGAAAAAAAAGAUUGCGGUGAUAAGAUACUGAUAAAUUUAUAUAUAAACUUCGCACUGAAUUUUUAUAGACUUUGUCUGAGUAUGGCCUAAAGUUGGGAAAAAAAACUAAAAAUCAAAUAAAGUAUCGUAUAAAAUUUAAAAGAAGUUCUAAUAUAUCAUUUUUUUAAAAAUGAAAUAUUCUUUAUUAUUACUAUGGACUUUAUUGAAUUAUACAUGUUUGGUUUCAUGUCAAUUAUCAGACCUCUGGAAGGUUACAGUAUCUAAUUUUGUUUUCGAUGAGGUAAUUCCUACAGAUACUUUUGCAGCACUUGAAAAAUAUUUGUCAUACAAUACCUUAUUUGAUGAUAAAGAUAUCGAAUAUAGAUGGAUUGGAAACAGCAGUUCUUUUUUUGAAAAUCGUUUUAAAUCUACUCCAUCAUUAUUAGAAGCAAAAAGAGUUCUUCUUAUUUUCUAUGGAAUUGAUACUUAUUCAACAGUUGUUUUUAAUGGUUAUACACUUGGCAAAACUUCCAAUAUGUUUAGUCGAUAUUCUUUUGACAUAAAGAAUUAUUUACUUAACGAUACUGAUCCCUACAAUUCAUUAUUUAUUGAAAUUGAAUCACCCAUUGAGAUCUCUGCAGAAAUGUAUUAUAAUCAAAGUAAAAACUACAUUGUUUAUCCAAAAUGUGUACCAAAAGAAUAUAAUGGAGAAUGCCAUAUUAAUCAUAUUCGUAAGAUGCAAGCCAGUUUUGGCUGGGAUUGGGGACCAGCUAUUCCUACAAGUGGAAUUUGGCGUGAUGUCAGAAUAGUUCCUAUCAACAAAGUUUUUAUAAUGGAUUACACAGCAGAUGUAUAUCAAGUAGAAAAUAAAAACUGGAAAAUUAAUGUAUCUACGCUUCUCGAAAUAGUUCCUAAUGAUAAAAAUAAGCCUAUUGAUAUAAUAAUCAAAGUUCAACUAGAUUAUGGUCAAGGAAAAUACGUAACUAAUGAGAAAUCAAUAAAAAUUGAUAAUGGAAUCACUCAAGUCAUAGAAUCAAUAACAUUAAAUGUUUCUCAGACUGAAGUACAACGGUGGUGGCCAAAUGGUUAUGGAAAGCAAAUACUUUACAAUUUAACUAUUUUUGUAGAUACUGAAAGUCGUAGUAAAUUAAUUGGAUUCAGGACAGUCAAAUUAAUUCAAAAGCCUUUAGAGAAAGGCCUUAGUUUUUAUUUCCGUAUAAAUGGAGUUCCUAUUUUUGCCAAAGGAAGUAAUUUGAUACCAAUAAGCAUUUAUCCAAGCAAAUCAUUGAAUAAAACUUACAUAUUGCAUCUUCUUGAGUCGACAAAAGAAGCUAACAUGAACAUGUUACGGGUUUGGGGCGGUGGAGUAUAUGAAUCUGAUUAUUUUUACGAAAUGGCUGAUAAACUUGGUAUUAUGAUAUGGCAGGAUUUUAUGUUUGCCUGUUCAAUGUAUCCAACAACGCCAGAAUUUUUAGAAUCUGUUCGUGAAGAAGUUAUACAAAAUGUCUGGAGAUUGAAAUCACAUCCCUCGGUUGUUAUAUGGGCUGGAAAUAAUGAAAAUGAAGCAGCUUUAUAUGGAAAUUGGUAUGGAACGGGAACAGAAAAUAUAUACAAAGAAGAUUACAUCAAACUUUAUGUUGAUGUAAUAAAAGCAGAAGUUGAAAAACUUGAUUCUACAAGGCCAUUUGUUGUAUCUAGUCCCAGCAACGCAUUAUGGGCAGAUAAAAAUGGAUGGAUUGGAACAGAUCCGUAUUCGAAUCUUUACGGAGAUAUUCAUCACUACAACUAUUUAGCCAAUGGAUGGGAUAUAAACACAUAUAGACGUCCUCGAUUUUCAUCUGAGUAUGGAUUUCAAUCUCUACCAUCUAUUCAUGGCCUGCAAAACAUGACUAAAGAUGUAGCAAAUUUGACUAUUGAUUCAGUAUUUCUUAAACACCGUCAACAUUUACCUUUUGGAUACAUUUAUAUGAAAAGAUUAAUAUCUCAAAAUCUAAAAAUACCUCAAACAAAUAACUCAUUUCAAGAUUUUGUAAAUUUUAUCUAUUUAAGUCAAAUAAAUCAAGCUCAAGCAGUUAAAUUACAAUCAGAAUCUUACCGUCAAGGAAAAAGUAGUUUAAAUGAUGCUGGCGAGGGCUACACGAUGGGUGCACUUUAUUGGCAGUUAAAUGAUGUUUGGGCAGCACCUUCCUGGUCAUCAAUUGAUGAUGGAGGUCGCUGGAAAAUGCUUCAUAAUUAUGCUAAAGAUUUUUUUGCACCAAUCAUUAUAAGCCCACGAUUGUUAGCAAAUCAUGAUUUGAAAAUAUUCGUAAUUUCUGAUGAACUACAAAGUAGAUUUAAUUGUUCUGUUGAAAUAAAUGUUUAUAGGAUAUCAGGUGGUGUAAUUAGUAAAUCAUUUUUCAAUGUUACAGUGAUAGCAAAUGCUGCUUAUGAAUUAAUAACAUUAAAACUUGAACAAAUUUUAAGUGAUGCUUCUUGUGGAAAUAAUUUUACAGAAGCAAAGAAAAACUGUAUUAUUGAAUUAAACUUACGAAAUAGUACUCAAGGAGAAAUUGCUCCUCUAAAUUAUGUUUUUCCAGCUCCACCAAAAGUUCUCAAUUUACCAGUUUGUCCAAUGACUGCCACUAUAGACAGCAUGAAUUAUUCCAUUACAAUUAAAUCUCCAUGUGGUAUUCAGCUGUUCGUAUGGUUUGAUUUGCCUGGUUACAUUCCUGGUAGCUUUUCAGAAAAUGGUUUUCAUAUUUUGAAAGGCUCUAAGAAAAUUAAAUUUAAUCCAAAAUUUCAUUUUAAUCUUACUUCAUUUGUUACUGAAGUUAAAUUUAUGAGUUUGAACCAAAUUUAUGCAUCUUUACAGCCUCGAAACGUCAUUCAAAUUAAUUAAAAUACGAUUAUUGAUUGAAAAUGAAUUAUAAGGCGCCGUGAUAAGAAUAAGAAAACAGCUUCGUGAUGUAUAAAUUAAGAAUUUAAGGUUGAAUAUUCAAUUUGUUGAAUCAAAUUAAUUCCUGCAUCAAUAAUAACAUAAUGAGUACAUUGUAUAAUCAGCAUUGAAAAUAACAUCUAUAGAUUGACUCACGGUGGAAAAUAAGAUUCAUAAUGUAUAUAAAUUUCUAUCCCAAUUAAAAUAAGGCAUAUUGUGAUGAUGACACCAAUGAUUGAGUAAACCAAAUUAGUCAUUUUUCAUGAA